CCCGAACGGUUCAUCCAAGUGCCUGCCGAUCACCCAUACAACAUGGACAAAAUACCUCGUCCGCCUGGGAGAUGACAAGCCUGUUGACCGGGAUGCCAUGACGAGAGCUAAUUCUGCCGCUUGAGUGCACGGGUAUAAAAAGAUGUGUGAGCCCUGCUGACCAUGACGGUCCCCAUCACCAGCACCUUCACAGCUCGAAGCAGAUCGGAAACGGCAAUAUGGUUCGUCUCGGUUCCCUCUUCAUCGCUACCCUCUUGGGUGUCGCCGCCGCUCACGGAAAUGACAACCAUGGUUCCGACAAAUCCAGCAACAACAAGCACCAGAAGUCUGAGGAGGACCGUGUUCGUCCUCACAAGUACGCCGGUGGAUCUCUUGCUGACACCGACAACCUGAGCUGGAACGGUGUUCCUACCAAUGAGACGGAUCACGUCUACACCAAUGCCCCCGGUGCUCACGUUUACCGUGCGCCCAAGGGAAAGAAGAACGUCAUUCUCAUGAUCUCUGAUGGUUUCGGUCCUGCGUCCGAGUACUUUGCUCGCUCCUUCUACCAGUAUAAGCAGGGUCUCUCUUUCGAGACCCAGCUUCCUCUCGACGAGCUCUUGACUGGUUCCAUCCGUACUCGUGCCAUCGACUCCCUCAUCACUGACUCUGCUGCCUCUGGUACCGCCUACUCUUGCGGCAUCAAGUCCUUCAAUGACGCCAUCGCUGUCGACCACAAGGGUGAGCCCUGUGGUACCGUCCUCGAGGGUGCUAAAAAGCUCGGAUACGCGACUGGUCUCGUUACCACCUCCCGUAUCACCCACGCUACCCCUGCAGUCUUCUCUUCCCAUGUUACCUUCCGUGACUGGGAAGACCUCAUCGCUCAGCAGCAGAUCGGCGACAACCCUCUUGGUCGUCAGGUCGAUUUGUUGAUGGGUGGUGGUCGUUGUUACUUCACUCCUCAGUCCACUGAGAAGUCUUGUCGUGAAGACGACCGUAACCUUAUUGAGGAGGCUCAGUCCGCCGGUUUCUCUUACAUCGAGGACCGUGCUGGCUUCGAUGGCUUGAACAACGGUUCUUCCGUUGACUUGCCUUUGUUGGCUCUCUUCACCCAGUCUCACAUGUCUUACGAGAUUGACCGUAAGGCAUCCAAGGAGCCUUCUCUUGCUGAGAUGUCCCUUACUGCCCUCAACGCCCUUAACAAGGCCCAGGUUGACCAGGAGGAGGGUUUCUUCAUCAUGAUUGAGGGUGCGCGUAUCGACCACGCUGCCCACAACAACGACCCUAUUGGACAUUUGCACGAUAUCCUCGCUUACCAGGAAGCCGUCAUGGCUGUCCGCAACUGGGUCGACGAGCACCCCGAGUCUCUCCUCAUCUCUACCUCUGACCACGAGUGUGGUGGUCUUGCUCUUGGUCGCCAGGCCAACUGGACUGACUCUCCCUUCUACGGCUGGUACCCCUCUGCCCUUGCCAACGCUACCAACUCCACCGAGGUUGUUGGGUCCGCCGUUGCCAAGAUGGUCAACCACACCGAUGCUGAGCUCCGCACUUACCUCAACCAGACCGUUCUCACCCAGUGGAUGGGUAUCGAUGAUGCCACCACCACCGAGAUCGACUCCCUCAUUUGCAACCGCAACACCUCCUCCAUGGUUACCUACCAACUCUCCGACAUGCUUAACCGCCGCGCCGCCAUGGGCUGGUCAACCCACGGCCACUCCGGUGUCGACGUCAACCUCUACGCCUACGGUGCCGCUGCCGAAGCCGGUCUCUUCAUCGGUAACCACGAGAACAUUUUCAUCGGAAAGUUCAUUGAAGAUUACCUCGGCUUGGACUUACACGAAAUCACGACUGUGCUCAACAACGGGACCUUUCCUGAUCCGUAUAGUGGUGCGGAUCUUGCCAACUUCACGAGGAAUUUGCCGGUGUAUGACCAUGAUCAUCGCGGUCUGGUGGAUCUGCAUGCUUCGUGCGGUAUGUAAGGAUGACGAGAUAAAGAAAGAGGAGAGGGGGGAUUGGUUUGUGGAGAGGAUUCGGAUCAGACGGCGUUUGUGGGAAAAAGUAUUACGUUAGUGGUGUUGUAUUUGUAGUGUCUUUCUUCAGGGC